UGCACUUAUUUAUUAUUUCUUUAUGAUAAUUUUUAUGUGUGUAAACAUUCCAUUUCUGAUAUUCGUUGUCGGGACGUAACGAGGAAAACAGCUUCGAGCCAUAUGGGACUGACAGAAUCAACACCGUGGAGUUCUCCAGAAAACAGAGCUGAAACAUUACAACAAGAUGGAGCAGAAACAUCAUCAUUAAACGAGAAAUCAAAGAGGCAGGAACGAGAACAGGAUCCACGUUCUGUUGAAAUGAUCGUUGAGGUCAAUGCAACCCCUGAUGAGCGUGCGCAAGACCGAAAUAUUGCUGAGCACACGUUUCAUGGGGUAAAGGGUCACCUGAGACCAGAGAACAACAACAGGCCCGAAACAAAGAACAAAAAAAUGCUGCAUGCUGCAAAAAUGGUUCAACAAAUGACCAACGUUACGACAUUCCUUUCUUCGUUAAAAAAAGAGCCAGACUAUGUUUUUGUGGACAUUCCAAAGCAUCCUGACGACCGGGCAGCUGACUUAGGAUUUACCUUACAUGGUGGUACUGGUAGUCCUGUCAUUCAUGGAGAUCUAGGUAUUUUUAUCGACAAGGUGAUUCCCGGCAGCCUGGUGGACAAGAAGCUGAGUCCAGGGGAUAGAAUACUAUCAAUAAACGGACUCAAUGUCACUAAAGUACCGCUGACAUACGCACGCCAGGCAGUGAGAAAAGCUAGGGGAACGGUCAAACUUUACGUCAAGAAAGCCCCAAAAAGACAGCAAAUAAUUAACAAAGCCAUAAGGAAAGAGAACGAACAAGACGUUCCCUUGUUCAGCGACGAGCAGAUCGAAGAGUUCGAAGAUGCUUUUUCCGUUUACGACGUACAAGGCACGGGAAGAAUCAAACUAGGAGCCGUUUUUCCUCUGAUUCGUUCACUGGGAUACAAUCCUCUCGAGGCAAAAGUUUGGGUCUUUAUGAAUGAACUGGACUUAACAGCAAACCGGAAAUUGAAGUUUGAAGAAUUUGUAAGACUAAUGGAGGCCUUAAUAAUUGAUGAAAACGAAAACGAAGAACCCUCGCUUGAUUCAAUCCGGGUAUUUGACCCAGAAGAACUCGGCUUCGUCAGCUCCGAAGAUCUGAAGAUUGCUCUGAAAAGCAUGCCAGGAAGUGCUUACAUGAGUGACUUCGAGCUACGAGAUAUUCUUCAAAAAGCUGAUCCUGACAAAGAUGGAAAGAUAGAUAUUCAAGAUUUUCAACGUCUUUUGGAACCGUCGGUGAGACUAAAAUAGCUGAAGAAAAAUCCUGGUCUAGGUUCUUGUUAUAACUAUUGUGAUUUCAAAAUAUAAACUGUGAAAUGAAACUUAAAGAAUGUUAAAAAUGCCAUCCUCUUCAGUGAAGAUCUCAAGGGACCAUCUCAAAGCCGAGGCCAAAGAGAACUGGUGCAUAAAAUGGAACGGUAACAAUGAAAUAUAAACCUCAGACUUCAUAAUUCUUAGGCCUUUCACAUAUAAACUAUAAGGAUGCGAACAACGAGAUGUUAUUAUUUUUCUGUCUGGAGUUACGCCUUUUGUUUGUUAACUCUUUCAACUUGUCCUUAUAUUAUGUCUUACUGACUCUUCUAUCGUUUAUUGAAUCACAGAGGUUUACACAUAAGCAAAAUAUGUCUUUUUUAUUAACCUACGGUUCCCUGCAAAACGGUUGAAAAGGAAUUCUUAGUCCUCAAAAUUUGUUGGUGGGCAUGUACCCUAGACUCCUCGAACGAUUUGCGUCCUCGACACUCGAUUAUCUCUCUAAUCGGUUCCCAAUCGGCGAAAAUGCACGCAACAACCCUGUCCGUAGUCAAAAAUUGUUAAAUUAGGAGUAGCCCAGAAUCUGAUAGCGUCUCUUGUAGCUGCAGUGUGCAAAUCUGUCAGGCGUUCCCACCAACCGUGAGGCUCGUCCGCGAGGAGAAUUGUACGAGUAAACACACGGCGCAAACGGUGAUGAAUGAAAAGUAACACUAUCAUUAAAAUUCUUAAGCGAGUCAAGUGACAGCUCAUGUUUGUAAAGUAGGUAAAAUAUGUGUAAAAUCGUUGUCUGAAAAACUGAUAUCGAUAGUUCAGAAGGAGAAGAUUAAACCGUGUGGUGAAGGAACAAUUUCAAGGCUUAUCUCAAAAGAGCGAACACAAAAUUACAACGAAUGACAC